CUCCCACCCGCCGCCUAACAAGGAGCCGGAGCCUGCGCGGGGCAGCGGGAGCCCGAGCCUGAGGAAACCAGUUCACGGAGGGACCUCUCCACCCAGCUGGUGACCUCUGUGCUCUCCUGCCUAACCAUGGCAACCCCAGAUGUGAGCGUUCACAUGGAGGAGGUGGUCGUGGUAACGACACCUGACAAUGUGGUUGAUGGCAGUGGUGUGGAAGAAGUGAAAACUGUGCUAGUGACCACAAACUUGUCUCAACAUGGUGGCGACCUAAAUGAAGACACCCUGGAGACAGAAAAUGCAGCUGCUGCAGCCGCUGCUGCCUUCACAGCUUCCACACAUCUGAAAGAAGCUGUCUUAGUGAAGAUGGCUGAAGAGGAGGACAGCUUGGAGGCUGAGAUUGUUUAUCCCAUCACCUGCGGAGAUAGUAAAGCCAACCUGAUAUGGAGGAAAUUCGUGUGCCCAGGCAUUAAUGUGAAAUGUGUCCAGUAUGAUGAUCACCUAAUUAGUCCCAAAGAGUUUGUCCACUUGGCUGGCAAGUCAACCCUGAAGGACUGGAAGCGAGCAAUCCGGAUGAAUGGGAUCAUGCUCAGGAAGAUCAUGGACUCCGGAGAGCUGGAUUUCUACCAACAUACCAAGGUCUGUUCAAACACCUGCCGAAGCACUAAAAUUGACCUGACCGGAGCCAGAGUGUCUCUGACCAGCCAGACGUCAACAGAGUAUAUUCCUCUCACCCCUGCCUCUGCAGACGUAAAUGGAUCUCCUGCUACAAUCACCAUAGAAACUUGUGAGGAAGCCAGUGAUUGGACCACUAGCAUUGGAGAUGACACGUUUGCAUUCUGGCGAGGUCUGAAGGAUGCAGGGCUGCUGGAAGAAGUGAUCGAAGAGUUUCACCAGGAGCUUGUGGAGACCAUGAAGGGCUUACAGCAGCGGGUCCAGGAUCCUCCCUUACAGCUCAGUGAUGCUGUCUUACUCAACAACAUAGUCCAGAAUUUUGGCAUGCUGGACCUGGUAAAGAAAGUUCUAGCUAGCCACAAGUGCCAGAUGGAUCGCUCAAGAGAACAAUACACACGGGAUUUAGCAGCAUUGGAGCAGCAAUGUGACGAGCACCGCAAGCGAGCAAAGGAGCUGAAGCACAAAUCGCAGCAUCUCAACAACGUGCUGAUGACUCUGACUCCAGUCUCCAUCCCAGCACCUUUAAAACGCCCCAGACUUACCAGGGCCACCUCUGGGCCAGCUGCUAUCACCUCUCAAGUCCUGACCCAAUCAGCACAGAUUGCCUUGGCCCCAGGAGUGCCCGUCUCUCAGCUUGCCAACCUCCCUCUCAGCAAAGUGGUGUCUGCCCUUCCAGCCUCAGUGCUUGGGAAAAGUACAUCUCAGGCUCCCUCAGCCAGCUCCCCAGCCUCUCCGUUAUUGGGAGGAUACACUGUACUGGCUUCCUCAGGCUCUAGUUUCCCCAACACCGUUGAGAUCCAUCCCGAUGCUUCCAACCUGACAGUCCUCAGCACGGCAGCCAUACAAGAUGGCAGCACUGUGGUGAAAGUGGUGAGCCCUUUUCAGCUGCUCACCCUCCCGGGACUAGGCACCACCAUACAGAACGUAACACAAAUGGCUCCCAGCGGGAGCACGAUUGUGACGGUGCCGUCGAGCGCUGUUGAGGAUGCCACGGCGUCGGACGAACACACCACCACCAUCGAGGUGACAACAGUGGCAGAAGAGCCAGAGCAGAAAUGAAAAGGGGACUUGCCUGGAGGGACAUUUUUUUGUGAUGUACUCUGGCUUGAGCUGCCUUUUCUCUGCCUGCGCUGAGGGAAGAGGGAACAGUAUAAAGAGGGCACAGGGAAUUGAGACUCUGAGGUAGAUUGGCUAAAAGGAGUAAUAAUGAGGUUUGAGCCAAAGAAAGGGAAAAAGAGAGACCUCCCAAAAAGAGGGGGGAAGGAAUGAAUCGCACUGACCCAUUAACCGGUUUACAUAUAAAACUUUCCUCCCGUGUUUUCCUGGAACACAUGUUAUCUUCAUGUCUAGUUCACUAGCUCUGAAUCGUCUCUAGACAUCUCAGCUGGAACAGAGCGUCAAGAGAAGCAGAUGUGGGCAGGGCCUGAGAACAGGGAAUGAGCAGAAAGUAGCGAAAGGUUAAGGAAACAAUAGAUGAUGAGGCAUUUUACCAGAACCUAAGGGGGUAAGUGGCCAAGGGGCACUCCUGAGUUCUGGCAUGAUUCAAUACUGCAUGUAGGCCAACAAUACUAGGGAAUCUGCUGCUUCCCCCUCACGGCAGAGGACAGUUUGGGAAGCUGGUGUUUUGGAGGGUGGGCCGGUACAGAGUGCAUAACUGGGCAUGAAGAAUGUGCAUGACCGUUGAGGUAAAGCAGCCUUGGACCAGGGAAGGUCCUCUGAUGUGUGGCAGUCACAGGGCUGAUCCAAGUGACCCUUGUUGCUGGUUUCUGCACAUAAUGUUGGGUUUGGGUAGUUAAAUGCAGUAUCUCAAUAUUACCAAAUGUGCAGUCUCCUCAUUGUGAGCGAGAUGCUGGUCUCCCAAGUCUGAUCAUUUAGAGGGGGAGGGGGGACACUUAUUAAAGCUUUUGGUUCCAUCCAGGGACAGGUGUGGAAAAUCUGUAUCUUCUGAGGAUUUAGGGUCUCCUUCUGUUUUCUCAAAAAUCUGUUCUUUUGGGUUUUUUAAAAAAAAAAGGAAACUCUUGUGGCCCUUCUGGUUGUGAAGAUGCUAUCCCGGGGCACAGUUGUACUGUUGAGUAUGCAGAGAAAACAAUUAAAUAAUAGCACUAAGAGACA